UUGCUAUUUAAAGAUUUUUGUUUGAAUGAAAUUAAUGAAGCUGUACCUCAGGUGAAGUUUUAUGAAGAGAUAAAAGAAUAUGAAAAGCUUGAUAAUGAGGAAGACCGCCUUUGUAGAAGUCGACAAAUUUAUGAUGCCUAUAUCAUGAAGGAGCUCCUUUCUUGUUCACAUCCAUUCUCAAAGCAAGCUGUUGAACACGUACAAAGUCAUCUCUCCAAGAAACAAGUAACAUCGACUCUUUUUCAGCCAUACAUAGAAGAAAUUUGUGAAAGUCUUCGAGGUGACAUUUUCCAAAAAUUUAUGGAAAGUGACAAGUUCACUAGAUUUUGUCAGUGGAAAAACGUAGAGUUAAAUAUCCAUUUGACCAUGAAUGAUUUCAGUGUACAUAGGAUUAUUGGCCGAGGAGGAUUUGGUGAAGUAUAUGGUUGCAGGAAAGCAGACACUGGAAAAAUGUAUGCAAUGAAAUGCUUAGAUAAGAAGAGGAUCAAGAUGAAACAAGGAGAAACGUUAGCCUUAAAUGAAAGGGUUAUGCUGUCUCUUGUCAGUACAGGAGACUGUCCUUUCAUUGUUUGUAUGACCUAUGCCUUCCAUACUCCAGAUAAACUCUGCUUCAUCCUGGAUCUGAUGAACGGAGGCGAUUUGCACUAUCACCUUUCACAGCAUGGGGUGUUUUCAGAGAAGGAGAUGCGAUUUUAUGCCACUGAAAUCAUCCUGGGGCUGGAACACAUGCAUAAUCGGUUUGUUGUAUACAGAGACUUGAAGCCUGCAAAUAUCCUCUUGGAUGAACACGGACAUGUAAGGAUAUCAGAUCUCGGUCUUGCCUGUGAUUUUUCCAAAAAGAAGCCACAUGCAAGUGUUGGCACCCAUGGGUACAUGGCUCCCGAAGUGCUGCAGAAGGGAACUGCGUAUGACAGUAGUGCCGACUGGUUCUCCCUGGGCUGCAUGCUCUUCAAACUUCUAAGAGGUCACAGCCCUUUCAGACAACAUAAAACCAAAGAUAAGCAUGAGAUAGACCGAAUGACCCUUACUGUGAAUGUGGAACUUCCAGAUACCUUCUCCCCUGAACUAAAGUCCCUUUUGGAGGGCUUGCUCCAGAGAGACGUUAGUAAGCGGCUGGGCUGUCAAGGAGGCGGGGCACAGGAAGUAAAAGAGCAUGGCUUUUUCAAAGGCAUCGAGUGGCAGCAUGUCUACUUACAAAAGUACCCGCCACCCCUGAUUCCUCCCCGGGGCGAAGUCAAUGCUGCAGAUGCCUUUGAUAUCGGCUCAUUUGAUGAAGAGGAUACCAAAGGCAUUAAGCUGCUUGAUUGCGACCAAGAACUCUACAAGAACUUCCCUUUGGUCAUCUCUGAACGCUGGCAGCAGGAAGUAGCAGAAACAGUUUAUGAAGCAGUAAAUGCAGAGACGGAUAAAAUCGAGGCCAGGAAGAGAGCUAAAAAUAAGCAACUUGGCCACGAAGAAGAUUACGCCCUGGGAAAAGACUGUAUUAUGCAUGGGUACAUGCUGAAACUGGGAAACCCAUUUCUGACUCAGUGGCAGCGUCGCUAUUUUUACCUCUUUCCAAAUAGACUUGAAUGGAGAGGAGAGGGGGAGUCCCGGCAAAAUUUACUGACAAUGGAACAGAUUCUGUCUGUGGAAGAAACUCAGAUUAAAGACAAAAAAUGCAUUUUGUUCAGAAUAAAAGGAGGGAAGCAAUUUGUCUUGCAAUGUGAGCUGCUUGAUUGCGACCAAGAACUCUACAAGAACUUCCCUUUGGUCAUCUCUGAACGCUGGCAGCAGGAAGUAGCAGAAACAGUUUAUGAAGCAGUAAAUGCAGAGACGGAUAAAAUCGAGGCCAGGAAGAGAGCUAAAAAUAAGCAACUUGGCCACGAAGAAG